AUGAUUAUCCAGAGCCAGAGCCAGAGCCAAAACCAGGAUUCAGGCGAUAAAGACACCGCCGGUACGCCCCGCGACACGUCAGUCUUCCGCUCCGUCCUAUCCCCCACAAGCGGCCUCCCCGCGCCUGAGCGCAGCACUGAGCGCCUGGCCCGCGAAGCGAUAGCCAUCUUUGGCGCCGGCACCAUCACCACAGUACGCACGCUCAACCUAAUCUGCUAUUAUCCCCUGGCCAACCGCGCCAUGCGCGACCGGCUGCGCGAGGAGCUGACGCCCGUGAUGGCCGGGUUUCCUGACGGUAAGCUGCCGACCUGGCAGGAGCUCGAGAGGCUUCCGUAUCUGUACGCCGUUGUGCGCGAGGGACUCCGACUAAGCUACGGCGUCAUGCGCCGCCUCCCUCGCGUCUUCAGCACACCCCUGCAAUAUAAGGAGUGGACGAUACCCGCCGGCGCGCCGGUCGGCAUGGGCGCAUACAGCAUGCACAGCGACCCCGAAGUCUAUGCCGAUCCGUUCAGCUUCGUCCCGGAGCGCUGGCUCGGCGAUGCCGUGGACCCGCGCCUGCACCGCAACUGGGUGGCGUUCUCGCGCGGCUCGAGGGGCUGCUUGGGGUUGAACCUGGCGUAUGCAGAGCUUUACUGGGUGCUGGCGGUACUGUUUCGUCCUGGCGCGCCGGAGCUGCGGCUGUUUGAGACGGUUGAGGAGGAUGUUAGGCACGUCGUGGAUCUUUCGACUGCGCUUCCGCGGUUGGGGAGUUUGGGGACGAGGGUCACGGUUUGUUGA